AUGACGAAGCUAUUUUUCAUGAUCGAUUCACAUGGACGGACGGAAACCUACGAAUACAUGCAAAUGCUCGACAAGAUGCCCUGUCGUCCUUGCUUCACGCCCUCGCAGAGACACAUCAUAGCCAGGUCACAAGAACUCAAGGCACAAAAUAUUGAAGAACAUACUGUAUGGCCGGAGCAUGUAGGGUCGAGUAUCACGACCAUGUACGCGGCUGAUCCCGAGCAGGCACUCCCAGUGCAGCGCAUGCCUGAUGAAAUCUGGCACUCUAUUCUUUGGCAUGUCUUGCUACCCCGGCCUGUCAUGCAGGCAUGGCCACCCAUGCUGCCUGAGAACAUGUCAUUCGAUCCUCCGCCUGAGCCAUGGCGCCGCGCCACUGGUGCUGAUUACAUCUCCAUUGAGCGUCUGGGCCGGGUGUGCUGGCGGCUUCGGCGAUUAACGGCGCAUCCGCGGUUGUGGCGUGCGAUUGUGCAAGAGACAUACAUACCACCCUUACCCGAGCUUGAUGCACGACUCGCAUGCAGCUGGCGCGAUGCAUUCGUUCACGAGCCACGAGUGCGUAUGAAUGGCACCUACAUUGCGACGUGUCAGUAUAUUCAGCAGGGCAUGUCUGAAGAGAAUGUUUGGGUGCAUGUGCUACAUGUGGUUGAAUUCUUCCGCUACCUUCGCUUCUUCCCGAAUGGGCGGUGUAUAAGCUGGCUUACAACAGAACGGCCAGCUGAUGUCGUACAUCGCCUUGAGCCAGGUCUACGUGCUAAGGGGUGCGCUACAGGCCGUUGGCAAUGCCUAAGUGAAGAGGGAGAAGCACCUGCCCGUCGGGGGGCCACGAUCGUUAUGCACGAUCUGCAUGACCCUACACUUCCGGGCUACACAUUUCAAAUGACAUUGCAUAUGCGACCGUCCCCUGGCCGCUGGCACAGGCUUGAUAUGCUGGAGUAUGCGUCGCUGAACCUACGCACAGGCGAGGUCUUGCCGAUCCCACACAAGCAUGCACGGCCAUUUAUAUUCUCACGCGUCCUUGGCUAUGGUGUUUGA